UCCAUUGGACAUGGUCUAAAUAACACGUAUGGCCAGGAUAAAGCUAAAUCGAUCGGAAUGCAUCCCGAGCUGAUCGAUUUUAAUGAAAUUUCGAACAACCUUGACGAGGAGGAGAAUAUGACGUUUCCAAUGGGUGGUGAUACGGAGGACUACGACAAGCCUCGAGUGGACACAUUAGAUUAUUUCGAUUUUGAUGGUAGUAUCAGUCGCUCUUUUUUGCUGAGAGCCUACCACUGUGAAGGUGACGAGUGUCGUAAGCAUACUUAUCUUGCCUUGGUCAAGCUUUAUGCCAGGGCGGGGCUUCAUCUUUACAAUAUGUUAAAUGGAAAAAACUUGAAGCUCGAUCGCCUAAAGAGAUUUAACAAGGAUAUGCAUUUUCUUUCCUCAUACUACAUAACUUUGCUUGCAUUCGAUCCAACCAGCCGUUUGCAGGAAACCUUUCAGGUUAUAGUUGAUGAUAAUUGUUUUGGCAGUUUGGAUUUCAUAUGCCCUACUGCUAGACCUAAACCCCUAGUGAUCACCAAGGGGCGGCCCUUCAUACCUCUUCAGGAUGACACAUCUGUGCCACCUUUCUACAAAGGUAGCUUGCCUGAGUGGCCACCAGAGGAUGCUUUCAAUGACAGAAAAUGGGUUUACGUGGUGAAUGAAUCAGAGUUGCAAAACACUGAUUGGAUUUAUCUGUAUUUGGAACUUGUCAUUUGUUCACGCCAUAGGGAGAUUUCAGAUGGCGAUCUAUCCAAGUUGAAGAUUGUGAAUGUGGCGAUAGAAACUAGUGAAGAAGUGGAGCCGCCUAAUGAGCGACUCAACGCCAAACAUGCAUUUGUCUACAUAACUUUUAAGGGCUUGGCCAUUGGUAGGACUGGUGAACAUGUUGAACGCAAAGUUAUAGUUAGAAGAGUCAUCAAUGAGCGUGAAGGAUACUUGUAUCUCAAGGGUGACAUUUGGAGUUGAAUGUAGAGCUCAAAAUCCAUUUGCAAUGCUUUCGCUUAGGCGUUGUUGACAAGAUCUAGUGAAAAUGUGGACCUGAUAAUAAACGACUAAUGGACUAAAAAUUAUUUUGUGUAUUUGGAGUUGGACACUAUUUAAGUAGAUUUGUGUA